GGAGGCGCAAGGGAGGGGUAUCACCACGCCCUCCCCACCCCCCCCCAGUUUCCAAGGCAACCGGGUUCAACAGUUUCUGCGCUGCCGGCGUCCGGAGGCCCCCGGGCGCCCACCUGUAGGCAUGUGCGCCGCGGAGGUGGACCAUCAAGUUGCCCAGAGAUACCUGCUCAAGCGGCGGCUGGGGAAGGGGGCCUACGGCAUUGUGUGGAAGGCAGUGGAUAGGAGGACUGGCGAAGUCGUGGCCAUCAAGAAAAUCUUCGAUGCCUUUAGGGAUAAGACGGACGCCCAGAGAACGUUCCGGGAAAUCAUGCUGCUCCAGCAACUUGGGGACCAUCCUAACAUCAUCCGCCUCCUGGACGUGAUCCGGGCGGAGAACGACAGGGACAUUUACCUGGUGUUUGAGUCUAUGGACACUGACCUGAACGCCGUCAUCUGUAAGGGCAGGCUGCUGAAGGACGUCCACAAGCGCUUCAUCAUGUACCAGCUCCUGCGGGCCACCAAGUUCAUCCACUCAGGAGGCGUCAUCCACCGGGACCAGAAGCCGUCCAACAUUCUCCUGGACGCCAGCUGCUUGGUGAAACUCUGUGACUUUGGUCUCGCCCGCCCUCUCGGGGGCCUCCCUGAGGGGCCUGAGGGCCCGGCCCUGACAGACUACGUGGCCACACGCUGGUACCGGGCUCCGGAGGUGCUGCUGUCCUCGAGCUGGUACACCCCUGGGGUGGACAUGUGGAGUCUGGGCUGCGUCCUGGGGGAGAUGCUUCGGGGGAGACCCCUGUUCCCAGGCACAUCUACACUCCACCAGCUGGAGCUGAUCCUGGAGACCAUCCCGCCUCCAUCCAAGGAGGACCUCCUGGCUCUCAGCUCAAGCUUCAGCGCCUCAGUCCUGCCCUGCCUGGGGUCCCGGCCACGGCAGACGCUGGACGCCCUCCUGCCGCCAGACACCCCCCCGGAGGCCCUGGAUCUCCUCAAGGGACUCCUGGUAUUUGCCCCGAGCAAGCGGCUUAGCGCAGCGCAGGCGCUGCGGCACCCCUACGUGCAGAGGUUCCACUGCCCCGCUCGCGAGCAGACCCUGGAUGCGGCUGUGCGGCUCCCGGUGCUCGAAGGAGUUCAGCUGUCAGCCCCUGAGUACCGCCGCCGCGUCUAUCAGAUGAUCCUGGAGCGCAGGGGCGGCGGCCCCGGCCCGAGAGGGAAGGGCCCGGGGGGGCACGCCCCCGGGGACGGAGCCCAGCGCCCUCCGGGCCCAGGCGCGCCUGCGGUCACCCAGAGCCGUCCCUCAGCUGUCCCCGGGCUCGCCCUCGCAGAAGCCCGGUGCCGUCGCCCAGAGCAGCCUGGGUCAGCAGUCCGCACACGACCCCACAGACGUUCCCUGCGGAGCCGAGAACCUUCCCCGGCCGAACGUGGUGCCCCUGCUCCAGCCCCCGCCCCCAGGGGGUCUCGGGAGGGCGGAAAGGCCCCCUGGGGUGACGGCACAGGCCCCCUCGGGCCACUCGUGGGUGAAGCCCAGCGUGAAGGGGGCGGCGCCCUCCCUGGCCUCUCAGGCCGCCGCCCGGGUGGCCGUCCAGGCCCUGAUCCGGAGCGACUGGAAUCCGGGCCGUGGGGUGAGGGCGAGCGGCCCCCCGACCGCUCCCCCAGCCCCCCGGCCCCGCCCCCUCGCGCGGCCCCCAGACUGUGUGCGGGUCCCUCGCGGGCUUCCUGCGGAUGCGCGGCCCGAGCCCCGGCCGGGCCGGAGGAUGUUCGGCGCCCCGGCCUGGCAGGGGGCGCAGGGCGCCGCGAGGGCCGCGCUCGGGGGCUAUUCUCAAGCCUACGGUACCGUCUGCCAUUCGGCGCUGGGCCGCUUGCUCCUGCUCCCGGGCCCCGCGCGUAAGCCGCCCUGCCAGCCCACGACCUAGCUCCUGUGCUCAGCCCGCGUCCCUCGCCCAGCCCUGGAUCUGCCCCCGAGUGCCCCGUGCUGCCCACCCCCUCCUACCCACUCCCCCUUUUGCCUGCCCACACCCUUGAGUUCCAGGGAGCUUGUCCAGCCGUGUCUGGGGGAGUGGGAGAGGUCCCCACCCACCCCCAGCCACUUCCUCCAAUAAAGUCGUGUUUGG